CCCUCCUCUUGCAUUUACGUUGGCUCGCUCGCUCCUCAUCCUAUUCCUCCUGUUGCUGGUUCAAAUUGGCCGCGAAGGUGCCCGAGGACAUCUGCUUCCUCCUCCUUUGGAAAUCCACCAUCUCAUAUUUCAGGUGCCGGCCGCGAGACUGGCGUCGUCCGCGACAGGGAUGGACCCGUCGGAGCUCAAGCGGGUCUUCCAGAUGUUCGACCGGAACGGCGACGGCAGCAUCACGAAGAAUGAGCUGCAGGACUCGCUCAAGAACCUGGGGAUACACAUCCCCGAGGAGGAGCUGGCGGCGAUGAUCGAGAAGAUCGACGUGAACGGGGACGGGUGCGUGGACGUGGACGAGUUCGGGACGCUGUACCAGACGAUCAUGGGCGAGCGGGACGAGGAUGAGGACAUGCUCGAGGCGUUCAACGUGUUCGACCAGAACGGGGACGGGUUCAUCACCGUGGAGGAGCUGCGGUCGGUGCUGAGCUCGCUGGGCCUCAAGCAAGGGCGCACCGUGGAGGAGUGUAGGAAGAUGAUAAGCAAGGUGGACGUGGACGGUGAUGGGAAGGUCAACUUCAAGGAAUUCAAGCAGAUGAUGAAGGGCGGAGGGUUCGCGGCCUUGAGUUAGUAGCAGCCUCAUAGUGGGAGAAGAAGAAGAAGAAGAAGAAGAAGAAGAAGAAGAAGAAGAAGAAGAAGGACGAAAGAAAGCAGAGAGUGACGGGGAGGUUGAUGCUCUUCACGCACAGGGUU